AUGAUGAUGGGCGCGGUGAUAGUGUCGGCGAGUCUGCUGGUGCUGGGCUUUACGCGUGAGGUUGUGGGCGCGUUUGUGGGUGGCGAUGGUGGUGAUACGACGAGGAGGUUCACCAUAGUGCUGGCAGUGGUGGCGAUAUAUGCCGUGGACUUUGCGAUUAAUGCGAUCAUGUCGUGUGCGAGGAGCCUGAUUGUUGACACGCUGCCGAUAGAGAAGCAACACGCUGGUGCUGCUUGGGGCUCUCGUAUGAACUCAAUAGGCCAUAUGAUAGGGUACGGCGCAGGCUCCAUCGACCUUGUCUCCCUAUUCGGCCCUCGGCUGGGAGACACUCAGUUCAAGCAACUGACCGUCAUCGCCGCCAUGGCUAUUUUGGGCACUACCUCUGUCACAUGCUGGGCCGUGACCGAGCGCGUCUUGAAGCCCCAUCACGACUCUCACCCUCUCACCAAGAAGCUCCCCGACGAAGGGCCCCUCAAGGUCUUUCACCAGAUCCGCUCCACGCUACUAACGCUUCCCCCGAGAGUCCAGGCCAUCUGCUGGGCGCAGUUCUGGUCCUGGAUCGGCUGGUUCCCCUUCUUGUUCUACUCAACUACCUGGGUAAGUGAAUCUUGGGUCCGCUACGACAUGCCUCGGAGUGCGAAAAGCUCAAACGCCGACGUGCUGGGCGAGAUGGGCCGUAUUGGGAGCACUUCUCUCAUGAUCUACUCGGCUGUGAGCUUCGCCGGAGCCUUCUUCCUGCCCAUGAUGGUGCGGUCCCCCACCGAGGAGACGUUUACGCCUCGACCGCCAAGGGCAAUGGCCAAGUUGCUCGAAAAGCUGGACAGGAUGAAGCCAGAUCUGCUUACGGCGUGGAUAAUCGGUGAUUUGAUGUUCGCCUCGGCCAUGAUGAUGGCCCCGUUGGCCAAGAGUUUUGUGUCUGCCACGAUCCUCAUGUGUGUCUGCGGCAUACCAUGGGCCAUCGCCAUGUGGGCUCCCACGGCCUUCCUCGGCAUCGAAGUCAACAAGCUCAGCGGCGCUCAAGACCUCCCCUUGACAUCCACCCGCCGCAACAGCAACAGUCACUCAACAUCUCCGUCAUCAUCGUCCUCAGGCGAGCUGUCCGGCAUCUACUUUGGCAUCCUCAACAUCUACACCACACUCCCGCAGUUCAUCGGCACCUUCAUCUCCACCAUUGUCUUCGCUGUCAUGGAGCCCGGAAAGAGUCCUGAGCUGCACGAGGCGACUGCGGCUGAAGGAAAGGAGGUUGGCGGGACGAAUGCCAUUGCGGUCUGUCUGUUUAUAGGGGCCAUGAGCAUGUUGGUUGCGGCUCACAUGACACGGAAGCUGCGAAGGUUGUAA